CCCUGCAGAGCAGGCACCGGGUUCUGCCAUGGCAUGAGAUCUCCAUCCAGCACCACCAAGGAACCAGAACAAUCAGUACCAAAGUAGGAGGGACAUAAUCCCAGACAGGCCACUCAUGUGCUUGGGGGCUGGUGGGUGUUCUAGUCCAUCCUGAAACAAUUCUCCAUUGUUUGAUGUUUUGCAUGGCUGUAAGAAAUGUGCAGCAAGAAGUGAAGCCACUUUCAUUUGGGAGGAAAGACUGGAGAAAGCAGUGAACGUGAAGGUCCAGGACAGUCUGUGCUUCCUGCUGGCCCCAGGCCAGGGCCAGGGUUGCUAAGUUCAGAGAAACUGGGGCUCAGCACAGAGAGUAAGGUCCUAGAGAAACCAGGAAAAAAGAAGGUCAUGAGAUUCUUUGCACUUGUGUUGGCCGGUUGCUCUGCACUUUACUUUCUAGUCCAGCUAAGGAACGGAAGUGGCACUUCAAUCUAAGGCAUUUGGUUGAGAGUCAAGUCCAGGGCCAUGAGCAAUCAGACACGGGUGAGGGAGUUCCUCCUGCAGGGCCUCUCAGCAGCACCACAGCUCCGGGUCCUCUUCUUCAUCCUCUUUCUCUCCCUCUACACCGUGGCCCUCUGUGGGAAUUCCCUCAUCAUGGCAGCCAUCGCCUUGAGCUCCAGGCUCCGCACCCCCAUGUACUUCUUCCUGGCCAACCUGGCUGUGCUGGAUGUCAUCUGUGCAUGCACAGUCGUGCCCACACUGCUACAGACUCUGGUGGCUGAGGAGACAGGCAUCUCCUACGGGGGCUGCAUGGCCCAGAUGUACUUCCUGACGUGGUCUGUGGCGGCAGAACUGCUGCUCUUCACGGCCAUGGCCUGUGACCGCUAUGUGGCCAUUUGCCAGCCGCUGCACUAUGGUUCCAUAAUGAGCCCCCAGGUGUGUGUGGCACUUGCUGGAGUCGUGUGGGGCAUCAGCACCCUUGGUGCUGGGGUCAACACCUGCCUGAUGCUGCGCUUGAGCUUCUGUGGGCCCAACGUGAUCGACCACUUCCUCUGUGAGAUCCCCUCUCUGCUGCUGCUCUCCUGUUCCUCCACAUACGUGAACGACGUCAUGACACUCGUGGCUGACAUCUUCUUUGCCGAUAUUAACUUCCUGCUGACCGCGGUAUCCUACAGCUUCAUCAUUUCUACCAUCCUGAAGAUGCGCACCGCCGAGGGGAGACGGCGCGCCUCGUCAACCUGCUCCUCCCACCUCAUUGUGGUCAGCACGUACUACUCCACUGUCAUCUACAGCUACCUGGGCCCAGAUUCCAGCUACUCCCCAGGGGCAGGCAAGAUCCUGGCAGUGCUUUAUUCCACUGUGAGCCCUGCCCUGAACCCUCUGGUCUACACCCUGAGGAACAAGGACGUCAAGGCCGCCCUCAGGAAAGUCUUCAUAGUUUUAGCAAAAAAGUUGUAA